AUGGUGGUCAAGAUCAAGCCUCUGCUGAAAUCUGCUGAGGCAGAGAAGGAGAUGGACAACUUGAAGGUAGAAUUCCUCAAGCUUAAAGAAGUGUUUGCCAAGUCUGAGACUUGGAGAAAGGAACUAGAGGAAAAUAUGGUCUCCCUUCUGCAAGAAAAUUAUGAUCUCCAGCUUCAUGUCCAGGCAGUGAGUUUAGAUUUUUUAAUCACAUUUCAAAAAAGAUAAUGUUGUGGCUGAAUUGUUGUAUCAAGCUUUGGUCUUCAUCACUCCAUACUACAAAGUCUACCAUACAUCUUUACCAAAAAGCUAGCUUUCAGUAUAAGGGCAAGGUUACUGACAUGGCACACUGCCUCCAUUACACUGUGCUGUCUUUUGUUUGUUGUUAUUAUGUUGUUUGUAUCUAUAUAUUUACAACCUGUUUGGCAGGAGAAAGAUAAUCUCUGUGAUGCAGAGGAGCGUUGUGAGGAGCUGAUCAAAAACAAGAUCCAGCUUGAGGCCAAAGGCAAAGAGCUGAUGGAGAGACUGGAGGGUGAGGAGGAAAUAAAUGCAGAACUGACCACUAAGAAGAGGAAACUGGAGGACGAGUGCUCUGAGAUAAAGAAGGACAUUGAUGAUCUGGAGCUCACUCUGGCUAAAGUGGAGAAGGAGAGGCAUGCCACUGAGAACAAGGUAAUUCUAAAUCUUAAAAUCUGUAUGAAGAACACAAAAUGUUUUUAUAAGAUUCUGAUUGAGGAAAGGGCAGCUCUGGAUGAAAUCAUUGCUAAGCUGACCAAGGAGAAGAAAGCUCUCCAGGAGGCUCAUCAGCAAACGCUAGACGACCUGCAGAGUGAGGAGGACAAAGUCAACACUCUAACCAAGGCAAAGGCUAAGCUGGAGCAACAAGCUGAUGAUGUGAGAUCCUAUAUAGAGAUUAGAGCAUUUUAAUGGAAAAAAUGCUAACAAACCACUAACAAUUGUAAUUUGCUUAAUUGUCCUCUGCAGCUUGAAAGGGUCCCUUGAGCAAGAGAAAAAGGUGCGAAUGGAUCUUGAAAGAGCCAAGAGGAAGCUGGAGGGAGACUUGAAUUUGUCCCAGGAGUGUGUAAUGGACCUGGAGAAUGAUGAACAGCAGCUAGAGGAGCACCUCAAGAAGUAAGAUUAAAGCCAUAACAAAAUAUUACACUCUACUGCAAACAAAUGCAGAAACAUUCUUAAGCAAUUUGUCUUAUCGAGCUACCAAUGAAUGAUUACACUGAUUACACAGGAAGGACUUUGAAAUCAGUAAUCUGAUCUGUAGGAUUCACGAUGAACAGGCCAUAAUAAACCACCUUCAAAAGAGGUUGAAGGAUCUUCAGGUAAUGAAGUACAAUGUCCUUUUUAAUUCUUCAACCAUUUGUAUGUUUUACCAUGAUGAUGCCGUUUUGUCUCGUGCUAGGCCCGUGUAGAGGAACUGGAAGAGGAGCUUGAGAAAGAGUUGCCCGAGCCAAGGUGGAGAAGCAAAGAGCAGACUUAGACAGAGAGCUGGAGGAGAUUAGUGAGAGGCUGGAGGAGGCUGGUGGAGCCACUGUGGUCCAGAUUGAGAUGAAUAAGAAUAGGGAGAUGGAGUUCCAGAAACUUUGCAGAGACAACUCUGCAGCAGGAGGCUACAGCUGCCACACAGGAAGAAACAAGCUGACAGUGUGGCCGACCUAUGGGAGCAAGUAGACAACCUGUAGAGAGUGAAGCAGAAACUGGAGAAGGAGAAGAGUGAGCUCAGGCAUGGAACAUGUUGCAAAGUCAAAGGUAAAAAGUCCAUCUAAGUGAAAGUACAAAGCUCUUUCCAUUUUGUCACUGUUUACCUCUUGAAUUAUUACUUUUUUUGUCUUUCAGGACCACGGCAAUUAAUACAGGACCAAGUAUGAGGAAACUCAAAGAUUCCUCAAUGACAUUACAACUCGACUUCAAGCCGAGAACGGUAGGUAGAAUAACUGCUGUCUCUGGAUAUUGCAAUAGAUAAGCUGAAUGAGGUAACAAGCUAAAGUUUAUUCCUCAACCUGUUACUUUUUAGAUUACAUUGGUAGACAGUUGGAAGAAAAUUAAUAUAUUGUCUUUCAGCUGACGAGGAAAUAAUUUGUACAGUCAACAGUCAAGGUAAUUUAGACCAUAUAUUGUCUUUAUUUAUGAAUGAAGAUGCCCUCAUCAUAAUAUGAGUGCCCUCUGUCCUUGCUCCUCUCAGGCAAAGAAUGCACAAGCCCAUGCAGUGCAGUCUGUUCACCAUGACUGUGACCUGCUUAGAGAGCGGUAUGAGGAGUAGUAGGAGGCCAAGGCUGAGCUGCAGCAUGGCAUGUCCAAGGCUAACUCUGAGGUGGCUCAGUGGAGAACAAAGUGCAAGACUGACGCCAUUCAGAAAACUGAAGAACUGGAGGAAACCAAGUAAGGAAUGAUAAAAUACAAUUUGCUAGAAUCCUAAUUCCUGUUAAAUAGCAGCAACAUUUAUCAAAAUGCACAAAUACUCAAUGGAUCAAGUCUAAAACACUAAAUACCAACUUCUAAGUAAAUUGCCUGAAGUUUGGAGAAGCUAUGAAAUGAUAUGCCACAUUUUUUACUUCGUCUCUACGUCCACAACUCGGGAAGAAGCUGGCUCAUCUCCUGCAGGAUGCUGAAGAAGCUGUGGAGGCAGUGAACGCUAAAUGUUCCUCCCUGGAGAAGACCAAACACAGACUGCAGAAUGAGAUUGAAGAUCUCAUGGUGGAUGUGGAGAGGUCUAAUGCUGCUGCUGCUGCCCUGGACAAGAAGCAAAUAAACUUUGACAAAGUAUGUAAUGCAGUUCUUCAAUUCACACGUCGAUCUGAAUUCCUCAAGCUUAAAGAAGCGUUUGCCAAGUCUGAGACUCGCAGAAACGAACUAGAGGAAAAGAUGGUCUCCAUUCUACAAGAAAAAAAUGAUCUCCAGCUUCAUGUCCAGGCAGUGAGUUUAGAUUUUUUAAAAUCACAUUUAAAAAAAGAUAAUGUUGUGGCUGACUGUUGUAUCAAGCUUUGGUCUUCAGCACUCAAUACUACAAAGUCUACCGUAAAGAGUCAUGAGGUGAGAGUGCAAUUUCAAACCAUCCCUUGUUCUGUCUGGAUUGGCCGUUUUACAUCAACAACUUCAGUUUGAAUCUUCUCAUGUGUAUUCAGCUUGAGUUAAAUCAGGUCAUGGCUAACAUUGAUCGCAAGCUGGCUGAGAAGGAUGAGGAGAUGGAGCAGUCCAAGACCUGCCAUGGUGUGCCUAGUAGAUACUGCUCAAAAUGUUUUUUAAAAGGUGCUAUCUAGAACCUAAAAGGGUCCCACAUAAAAAAUACUACAGUUUACGAUAGAAUACUACAGUACUUACUAAAUAAUUAUGUAGCAAACUGUAGUAUACUUAAGCAAUAAGGCCCGGGGGUGUGCCUGGACACAGUCCUUAGCCGUGGUAUAUUGGCCAUAUAUCACAAACGCCCGAGGUGCCUUAUUGCUAUUAUAAACUGGUUACCAACGUAAUUAGAGCAGUAAUACGAAAUAUUUUGUCAUACCCGUGGUAUCAGCCAAUCAGCAUUCAGGGCUCGAACCACCCAGUUUAUAAUGUAGAAUACUAUACUACACACUAUAGUAUCCCUCGAACAUGUGUAGUGCUUAGUAUAUAAUUUGGUAGUAUACUGUAGAAUAUUAUAGUACAUACUACAGUAUUAUCCACAAAAAAACACUGUAGUAAAUACUACUUAAAUGUCCGCAAAAACAAUACAGUCCGCAAAAACACUACAUUUUUUAAAUGUAGUAAAUAAUACAGUAUUUAAUUUGCAUAUAACCUACCUAUUCCCCUCCCCCAUAUCCCAAUUUGUGCCACCUAUAAGUGAGAAACCUACAUGUCAAGUACAGUGCCUUGCAAAAGUACUCAUCCCCCUUGGCGUUUUUCUCAUCGACAUACACAAAAUAGUUCAAAUUGGUGAAGUGGAAUGAAAAAAAUUACUUCUUUCAAAAAAUUCAAAAAAAUCAAUUACGGAAAAGUGGUGCGUGCAUAUGUAUUCACCCCCUUUGCUAUGAAGCCCCUAAAUAAGAUCUGGUGCAACCAAUUACCUUCAGAAGUCACAUAAUUAGUUAAAUAAAGUCCACCUUUGUGCAUUCUCAGUGUCACAUGAUCAGUCACAUGAUCUCAGUAUAUAUACACCUGUUCUGAAAGGCCCCAGAGUCUGCAACACCACUAAAAAAGGGGCACCACCAAGCAAGCGGCACCAUGAAGACCAAGGAGCUCUCCAAACAGGUCAGUUACAAAGUUGUGGAGAAAUACAGAUCAGGGUUGGGUUAUAGAAAAAUAUCAGAAACUUUGAACAUCCCACGGAGCACCAUUAAAUCCAUUAUAAAAAAUUUGAAAGAAUAUGGCACCACAACAAACCUGCCAAGAGAGGGCCGCCCACCAAAACUCACAGACCAGGCAAGGAGGGCAUUAAUCAGAGAGGCAAUAAAGAGACCAAAGGAGCUGCAAAGCUCCACAGCGGAGAUUGGAGUAUCUGUCCAUAAGACCACUUUAAGUCAUAUACUUCACAGAGCUGGGCUAUAUGGAAGAGUGGCCAGAAAAAAGCCAUUGUUUAAAGAGAAAAAUAAGCUAUCACGUUUGGUGUUCACCAAAAGGCAUGUGAGAGACUCCCCAAACAUAUGGAAGAAGGUACUCUGGUCAGAUGAGACUAAAAUUGAGCUUUUUGGCCAUCAAGGAAAACACUAUGUCUGGCGCAAACCCAAGACCUCUCAUCACCCCGAGAACACCAUCCCCACAGUGAAGCAUGGUGGUGGCAGCAUCAUGCUAUGGGGAUGUUUUUCAUUGGCAGGGACUGGGAAAAUGGUCAGAAUUGAAGGAAUGGUGGAUGGCGCUAAAUACAGGGAAAUUCUUGAGGGAAACCUGUUUCAGUCUUCCAGAGAUUUGAGACUGGGACAGAGGUUCACCUUCCAGCAGGACAAUGACCCUAAGCAUACUGCUAAAGCAACACUCUAGUUUUUUUAAGGGGAAACAUUUAAAUGUCUUGGAAUGGCCUAGUCAAAGCCCAGACCUCAAUCCAAUUGAGAAUCUGUGGUAUGACUUAAAGAUUGCUGUACACCAGCGGAACCCAUCCAAUUUGAAGGAGCUGGAGCAGUUUUGCCUUGAAGAAUGGGCAAAAAUCCCAGUGGCUAGAUGUGCCAAGCUUGUAGAGACAUACCCCAAGAGACUUGCAGCUGUAAUUGCUGCAAAAGGUGGCUCUACAAAGUAUUGACUUUGGGGGGUGAAUAGUUAUGCACGCUCAAGUUUUCUAUUUUUUUUGUCUUAUUUCUUGUUUGUUUCACAAUAAAACAUAUUUUGCAUCUUCAAAGUGGUAGGCAUGUUGUGUAAAUCAAAUGAUACAAACCCCCAAAAAAUGGUUGUAAGGCAACAAAAUAGGAAAAAUGCCAAGGGGGGUGAAUACUUUCACCAGCCACUGUAUAUACCAUAAAUUGUGUUCCCUAUGGUUCUAGAAAAGAGCAGAAGCCUUGAACUCUCUGUUCCGAACCCAGUCCUACCUACAGACAGGAUAUGGAACAUUUGCUCUUUUAGUAUUUCUCCUGUAGGUUUCCUCAAGGAGAAAGCCCCCAACUUCUAUGUCAAAGAUAAUAAAACACUUCAGUAAAUAUUACAGUAAUGUCCCCAAAAACACUACAGUAAGUACUACAGUAUAUUACAGUCCACAAAAACACCACAGUAAAUACUACAGUAUACCGUACUAAAGUCUGCAAAAAACACUACAGUAAAUACUACAGUCUGCAAGAACACUACAGUAAUAGUUAGUAUAUACUCAUUUUUUACUACAGUAUUUAUACUAUAGUUAACUGUAAAUACUACAGUAUACUACAUUAUUGUGAAUACUAUAGUAUUCUUACCAUAGCAUACACUAUCGUAUUUUGUCAUGUGGGGUUCUUCGGCUUUCCACAUAGGAGAACUCUUUGAAGAAACCUAUUUGGUUCCAGGUAGAACUCUUUUGGUUCCAGGUAGAACCCUUUUGGGUUCCAUGUAUAACUCUUUCCACAGAGGGUUCUACAUGCAAACCAAAACAGUUUUACCUGUAACCAAAUAGGGUUCUUCAAAAAGUUAUCCUGUGGGGUCAGCCGAAGCACCCCUUUAGAACCCUUUUUUCUAAGAUUGUUACAUUGCAUAUUCCUCUCUAGGAUGCCCAAAUCCAGUUGUGACCAUUCCAAUGAUGAUCUGAAAGAGAACAUUGCCAUUGUAGAGAGACAUAACAAUCUAAUGCAGGCAGAGCUGGAGGAGCGAAGAAGAUGUUUUGAACAGACUGAAAGAAGCCUCAAGCUGGCUGAGCAAGAGCUACUGGAUGUCAAUGGAGGGUGCAGCUGCUGCACGCAUUGGUAAGGUAGAAUCACUGACUAUGGAUUUUCUUCUUUAGCUGUAGCUGAACAUUGUUAAAAAAUAUAUUUUCUUAUAAUCUAUGAAUAGAACACUGGCCUGCUGAAUUAGAAGAAGAAACUUGAGGCUGACACCGCCCAGUUUCAGACUGAGUCAGAAGAGGCAGUGCAGGAGUGCAGAAAUGCUGAAGAAAAGGCCAAGAAGGACAUUACUGAUGCUGCCAUGAUGGCAGAGGAGUUGAAGAAGGAGCAGGACACCAGUUCUCACCUGGAGCGAAUGAAGAAGAACAUGGAGCAGACCAUCAAGGACCUGCAGCACCGCCUGGAUGAGGCAGAACAAAUCGCCAUGAAGGGGGGCAAGAAGCAGGUGCAGAAGCUGGAGGCCAGGGUAAGUUUAACUUUACAUUAUAAAUUGUACAUGUACAUACUGAACAUAAGACAUUUGCAAAAUAAUAAUACUGGAUCCUGUUACAUACAGUGGGGAGAACAAGUAUUUGAUACACUGCCGAUUUUGCAGAUUUUCCUACUUACAAAGCAUGUAGAGGUCUGUAAUUUUUGUCAUAGGUACACUUCAACUGUGAGCAACAAAAACAAACAAAAAUCCAGAAAAUCACAUUGUAUGAUUUUUAAGUAAUUAAUUUGCAUUUUAUUGCAUGACAUAAGUAUUUGAUACAUCAGAAAAGCAGAACUUUAAUAUUUGGUACAGAAACCUUUGUUUGCAAUUACAGAGAUCAUACGUUUCCUGUAGGUCUUGACCAGGUUUGCACACACUGCAGCAGGGAUUUUGGUCCACUCCUCCAUACAGACCUUCUCCAGAUCCUUCAGGUUUCGGGGCUGUCGCUGGGCAAUACGGACUUUCAGCUCCCUCCAAAGAUGUUCUAUUGGGUUCAGGUCUGGAGACUGGCUAGGCCACUCCAGGACCUUGAGAUGCUUCUUAUGGAGCCACUCCUUAGUUGCCCUGGCUGUGUGUUUCGGAUCGUUGUCAUGCUGGAAGACCCAGCCACCACCCAUCUUCAAUGCUCUUACUGAGGGAAGGAGGUUGUUGGCCAAGAUCUCGCGAUACAUGGCCCCAUCCAUCCUCCCCUCAAUACGGUGCAGUCGUCCUGUCCCCUUUUCAGAAAAGCAUCCCCAAAGAAUGAUGUUUCCACCUCCAUGCUUCACGGUUGGGAUGGUGUUCUUGGGGUUGUACUCAUCCUUCUUCUUCCUUCAAACACGGCGAGUGGAGUUUAGACCAAAAAGCUAUAUUUUUGUCUCAUCAGACCACAUGACCUUCUCCCAUUCCUCCUCUGGAUCAUCCAGAUGGUCAUUGGGAAACUUCAGACGAGCCUGGACAUGUGCUGGCUUGAGCAGGGGGACCUUGCGUGCGCUGCAGGAUUUUAAUCCAUGACGGCGUAGUGUGUUACUAAUGGUUUUCUUUGAGACUGUGGUCCCAGCUCUCUUCAGGUCAUUGACCAGGUCCUGCCGUGUAGUUUUGGGCUGAUCCCUCACCUUCCUCAUGAUCAUUGAUGCCCCACGAGGUGAGAUCUUGCAUGGAGCCCCAGACCGAGGGUGAUUGACCGUCAUCUUGAACUUCCAUUUUCUCUUAAUUGCGCCAACAGUUGUUGCCUUCUCACCAAGCUGCUUGCCUAUUGUCCUGUAGCCCAUCCCAUCCUUGUGCAGGUCUACAAUUUUUUCCCUGAUGUCCUUACACAGCUCUCUAGUCUUGGCCAUUGUGGAGAGGUUGGAGUCUGUUUGAUUGAGUGUCUGAUUGAGUGACAGGUCUGUGAGAGCCGGAAUUCUUACUGUUUGGUAGGUGAUCAAAUACUUAUGUCAUGCAAUAAAAUGCAAAUUGAUUACUUAAAAAAUCAUACAAUGUGAUUUUCUGGAUUUUUGUUUUAGAUUCCGUCUCUCACAGUUGAAAUGUACCUAUGAUAAAAAUUACAGACCUCUACAUGCUUUGUAAGUAGGAAAACCUGCAAAAUCGGCAAAACUUGUUCUCCCCACUGUAAAUGUUAUGGCUUUGACAGGUGAGGUGGAGAAUGAGUUCAAGGCUGAUGCCAUCAAAGGAAUUUGUAAAUAUGAGAGACGUAUCAAGGAGCUGACCUACCAAGUAUCUUUAGUAACUCUGUCAUUGGCUGUCCAGUCUUCUGACCUGAUAACAAAUGGGUUUAACCUUUUUUUGUGUCUAAAAUUGACAGGAUGAGGAGGACCGUAAGAAAAUGGCUCCUCUUCAAGAACUUGUGGAUAAGCUGCAGCUGAAAAUGAAAUCUUACAAGAGAACUGCAGAGGAGGCUGUAAAUAUGGACUUAAUGCAUUCAUUCUUGAGAUACUAUCCACCUGUUUUAGCUCAGGCGACAUUAUGUUUGUUUGUUUCUGUAUCACAGGAGGAACAGGCAAAUACUAACCUGGAAGUUCUGCAAAAUACAGCAUGACCUGGAUGAGGUCGAGGAAAGGGCAGACAUCGCUGAGUCUCAGGUCAACAAGCUGCGUGCCAAGAGCUGUGAUGUUGGUUCCAAGGUUAGAAAUACCAUCAAAUAUAUGAUCUAUGGCUUCUGACCCUGGCAGAUGCUUGCUAAAAAUGUUGGCUAAACUCAUUGUUUGGCUUCUAUAUUUUGAUAGACACUAAUCUAUCUGUUGAUACCAGAUUUCCACUAACUGGCUCUCUCUUUGUCUCAAUUCUUUCUAACAUUCCCUGACAUUCCAGAAAGGAUUUGAUGAAAAAAUAUUCUGCUGUGUGUAGUACAUUUCCCUCUAUCUCUCUCCACCUCUUCUAAUUGUGUGGAAUAAAACCUCUUUAAGCAGUCUGACAAUUAUGUAUCUUACAUUGUGUCGUAGUUACCAAUGGCCCAUCAUUGGUCAGUGAGAUUGAAUGCUAAUUUAUCAUCACCAAACUAGACUAUUUAGAAACAUUCGCGCCCACGUAUUGCAUGCUUGCUGACAUUUCUAAAACUUAAUUUACAAAUAAUAAUAAUUGUAACAUUUCUUAUAUUUUCCUAUUUUCACGUAAAUAAACAAAAGUGUAUAGGGUAUGACAUUACCUGGUUAAUUAGCCAACUCUUACCAUAGUCACUUAUCUAUAUCCUUGACUAUCUCAGAGAGUUGGAGGGUGAUGAGGCUAUCUGGGGUAUCAUGAGGUCAAGCACCCUCUUUGACGUUGGCAUUGGGAUAAGGUUUGAGUUAUCAGGGAACCCGAGAGGGGCCCGGCAGGGGUGGACAGACAGAAAAGCCAUGGGGAGUGGGGUGGGGAGUAGGGUUGUGUGGGUGGGCUUAAGUGUUUGAAAUGCGAGGUGAUGAUAGCUAAAAUAGAGAGAGAUAAAACAAAUAUCUUGUUCUCGAAAUAGAGCGUUAAGGAAAGCGUAAGAGUCAGGGUGCCAAGGUCGUGCAAUAAACCACCUCAGAUAGCUAGGCUUCUCACAAUACCAUGCAGCAUAAUCACACUAGCAGCUGGUCUGUCACAAUAAAUCCCUAUGCCACGCCACCACAACAAUACUCCUCAUUAGUGGCUGUGUUUGAGACAAUGUUUUUUUUUUAAUGAUCUAAAAAAGAACAAAAAUAUAAACACAACAUGUGAAAGAUCCCAGACAUUUCCAUACACACAAAAAGCUUAUUUCUCUCAAAUGUUGUGCACAAAUCUGUUAACAUCCUUGUUAGUGAGCAUUUCUCCUUCGCCAAGAUAAUCCAUCCACCUGACAGGUGUGGCAUAUUAAGAAGCUGAUUAAACAGCAUGAUCAUUACUCACACUGUAUAUAUAUUUUCUGUUGUAUUUUUGACUUUAUGUUUUUUUACCCCAUAUGUAACUCUGUGUUGUUUUUAUUGCACUGCUUUGCUUUAUCUUGGCCAGGUCGCAGUUGUAAAUGAGAACCUGUUCUCAACUGGUUUACCUGGUUAAAUAAAGGUGAAAUAAAAAAAUAAAAAAUUACACAGGUGCACAUUGUGCUGGGGACAAUAAAAGGCCAUUAUAAAAUGUGCAGUUUUGUCACACAACACAAUUCCACAGAUGUCUCAAGUUUUGAGGGAGAGUGCAAUUGGCAUGCUGACUGCAGGAAUGUCCACCAGAGCUGUUGCCAGAUAAAUUAAUGUUCAUUUAUCUACCAUAAGCCGCCUCCAACGUCAUUUUAGAGAAUUUGGCAGUACGUCCAACCGGCCUCACAACCGCUGACCACGUGUAUGCCUUUGUGUGGGCGAGCAGUUUGCUGAUGUCAUCGUUGUGAACUGAGUGCCCCAUGGUGGCAGUGGGUUUAUGGUAUGGACAGGCAUAAGCUAUGGACAAUGAACACAAUUGCAUUUUAUCGAUGGCAAUUUGAAUACAUAGAGAUUCCGUGACGAGAUCCUGAGGCCCAUUGUCGUGCCACUCAUCUGCCACCAUCCCCUCAUGUUUCAGCAUGAUAAUGCACAGCCCCAUGUCACAAGGAUCUAUGCACAAUUCCUGGAAGAUGGAAAUGUCCCAGUUCUUCUAUGGCCUGCAUACUCACCAGACAUGUCACCCAUUGAGCAUGUUUGGGAUACUCUGGAUCGACGUGUACGUCAGAGUGUUCCAGUUCCCGCCAAUAUUCAGCAACUUCGCAUACAGCCGUUGAAGAAGAGUGGGACAACAUUCCACAUGCCACAAUCAAUAGCCUGAUCAACUCUAUGUGAAGGAGAUGUGUCACGCUGCAUGAGGCAAAUGGUGGAUACUGACUGGUUUUCUGAUCUAUGCCCCUACCUUUUUUUAAGGUAUCUGUGACCAACAGAUGCAUAGCUGUAUUCCCAGUCAUGUUAAAUCCCUAGAUUAGGGCCUAAUGAAUUUAUUUCAGUUGACUGAUUUCCUUAUAUGAACUGUAACUCAGUAAAAUCGUAGAAAUUGUCGCAUGUUGCGUUUAUAUUUUUCAUUAUAGAUCUGAUUGUCUAGUCCACACUCUUACAGUUUAAUAUUUAAGAAAUAUUAUAGCUGUUAAAAAACAUACAGUGUCUGGACCAUGAUAAUAGAACAACUAGAUAUAUUAACUCCCUCUGCACCCCCAUAUAUCCUCAUUCUGAUAGUAAGGUUGACAUCCUCUAAUAGGAGUAUUCAAUAAAAAUAAUAUAAUUUGUGUGUAAUUUGCCGCUGUGCAUUUCAUUUUGUGCAUAUUGAUUUUUACAUCAUAGUCUCUCAUAAAAUACCAUAGUAAAAAUACUAAGUAGUCAGUGCCUGUUGGUGUCUGCAGAGGUUCUGUCCUGGUGCUGUUUGCUAUCCCUCGCCAAAGUCCUGUCACUUCUGUCAACACAGUGUUGUGGCCUUCAGAAACCCCCAGUGGAGAAACAGGAAUCCAUCAGCAGUGAACAUGCUGACGCCUGGUACAGUAGCUGUGGGGAGAAAAUAUCUGUUGAGGAUUAA